GUAUGCUAAUGAGCCCGCGGCGCGGCGCGCUGAUUGGCUGGCGCGGAUUCCAGCGGCUUUCCCGGGGCGGGGGCCAAGGCAGAGUAAAGGGGCGCCGCCGGCAGCAGCCGCCCCCGCCCCGCGCUCCCGGCCGCCCUCCUCCCCCCCGACGCCAGGGCGUGUGCGGGGCACGCGGGCGCCUUGGCCGGGGGCUUCCUCUCCUGCGCUCCGCUCGGCUUCUGGUGGUGCCUUCAUCCAGGGUCCAGGAUGACGAUCCGACACCAAGGCCAACAGUACAGGCCGAGGAUGGCAUUUCUGCAGAAGAUCGAAGCCCUGGUGAAGGACAUGCAGAACCCGGAGACGGGGGUCAGGAUGCAGAACCAGAAGGUUCUGGUUACCAGUGUCCCUCACGCCAUGACAGGAAGUGACGUUCUUCAAUGGAUAGCCCAGCGGCUUUGGAUCUCCAAUCUGGAGGCACAGAACUUGGGCAACUUUAUUGUCAAGUAUGGCUACAUUUACCCCCUGCAAGAUCCCAGGAAUCUCGUUCUCAAGCCUGACAACAGCCUCUACCGAUUUCAGACGCCGUAUUUCUGGCCCACCCAGCAGUGGCCGGCUGAAGAUACAGACUAUGCCAUCUAUCUAGCCAAGCGAAAUAUAAAGAAGAAAGGGAUUUUAGAAGAAUAUGAAAAGGAAAAUUACAAUUUCUUGAACAAAAAAAUUAACUACAAAUGGGACUUUGUCAUUAUGCAGGCCAAAGAGCAGUACAGGACAGGGAGAGAGAGGGAGACUAAGGCAGACAGGUAUGCAUUGGAUUGCCAGGAGAAGGCGUAUUGGCUGGUCCACCGAUGCCCCCCGGGAAUGAACAACGUGCUGGACUAUGGCCUGGACCGAGUGACCAAUCCGAAUGAGGUUCAGGUAAACCAGAAACAAACAAUCACUGCUGUCAGGAAAGAGAUCAUGUAUUACCAACAGGCCUUAAUGAGGUCCACCGUGAAGUCUUCAGUGUCCCUUGGAGGGAUCGUCAAAUACAGUGAGCAGUUUCUGUCCAAUGACGCCAUCAUGUCAGGCUGCCUCCCCAGCAAUCCUUGGAUAACAGAUGACACCCAGUUCUGGGACUUAAAUGCCAAAUUGGUGGAGAUCCCAACCAAGAUGCGAGUGGAAAGAUGGGCUUUCAACUUCAGUGAGCUGAUCCGGGACCCCAAGGGCCGGCAGAGCUUCCAGUACUUUCUCAAGAAAGAAUUCAGUGGGGAGAAUCUGGGAUUCUGGGAAGCCUGUGAAGAUCUGAAGUACGGAGAUCAGUCCAAGGUCAAGGAGAAAGCAGAGGAGAUUUACAAGCUCUUCUUGGCCCCAGGGGCGAGACGGUGGAUAAACAUAGAUGGCAAAACCAUGGACAUCACCGUCAAGGGGCUGAGACAUCCUCACCGCUAUGUGUUAGAUGCGGCGCAGACUCACAUCUACAUGCUCAUGAAGAAGGAUUCUUACGCCCGCUAUUUAAAAUCUCCAAUCUAUAAGGAAAUGCUGGCCAAAGCUAUUGAACCGCAGGGAACCACCAAGAGAAGCUCCGGCCUCCCUUUCAUGCGGCGCCACCUGCGCUCCAGCCCGAGCCCCGUGAUCCUGAGGCAGCUGGAAGAAGAAGCCAAGGCUCGAGAAGCGGCCAACACGGUGGACAUCACCCAGCCGGGCCCGCACACCGCUCCCAGCCCUCACCUGGCCGUGUACACCGGGACCUGCGUGCCCCCCUCUCCUUCCAGUCCCUUCUCCCCGUGCUGCCGCUCCCCCAGGAGGCCCUUCCCCUCACCCAGCCGCUUCAUCAGGAGGCCCAGCAGCGCCAUCUGCCCCUCACCCAUUAGGGUGGCCUUGGAGAGCUCUGAGCAGAAGGGCGAGGCCAGCGGAUCCAGUGCCUGCCCGGGGCCCUCCGACACCGACAUGAGGGAGGCCUGCGCCGCCGAGAACCCCUGGCCCCGGCCCCAGCCCAAGGCCCCGCCCAAGGCCCGCGUGGCUCUGUCCUUCAGCAGGCUUCUGAGACGGGGCUGUCUAGCCUCCCCCGUCUUUGCCAGGCUCUCUCCCAAGUGCCCCCCUGUGUCCCACGGGAAGGUGCAGCCCCUGGGGGAUGUGGGCCAGCAGCUGCCACGGCUGAAAUCCAGGAGAGUAGCGAACUUUUUCCAGAUCAAAGUGGACGUGCCUGCGCGGAGCGGAGCCUGCCUGAUGGACCCGGAGGACGGCGGGACAGGAGACUCGGGUGACCAGGCCAUAGAGAAGGAGGUCAUCUGCCCCUGGGAGAGCCUGGCCCAGGGGAAAGCCAGCUGAGCCAGGGGUCCCGGACCAAGAAGACGCUCCCGGCAGACCCCGCCAGAUGGGACCAUGGGCACGCUUGCCCUCGAACCGAAGUGCAUUGCGAUCACAUUUGGGGGCCGGAGAGACAAGAUGGGUGGGGUUACGGGGACGUGUGCGCUGUCUGGGAUCCCGAUGGCCAAUUCCUACCCUUCUUUCUGACCUUCCCUCCCUUGGGCAGAAGAAAGGACUUUACUUGCUGCCUUAAAACCGAUAAAAGGUUAACUUGUAAGGGUCUCUUGGAUGGGAGUGUUAGUGUGUGUCUGGUUAUUAGUUAGUUAGGAGCUACUACUUAUGAGUUAAUGUGUUAAACUCAUUUCUGCUUUGGUUUUAGGGACAAAGGGACAUUCACUGUCAAGAACUCCUUCCCUGUCUGCAUGGGUUUGCGCUUGACACUCUUAUAUCAGCAGAGCUCCCUAGAGUGGGACACCAUUCAGGAAAGGGGGUGCUGGGGAAAGGCAUCUUUCUAGAAUGCCUGGUGUGUUGUUUCAGAUCCACCAAGAAGUAGAGACGAGAUGGGAUUAGAUGGGGAUGGACUGGGGGAAACACCUGUGACGCAUGAGGAACGGAAGCCGCAGAAGGGGGUGAGGACCUUCAGAGCAUGUGCGGGGCUGGCCUCUGGGGGAGCAGGCAGGGAGAGUCUCAGAUGGCAAUGCAGCUCCCAGAAAGUCUUAGUCACGCUGCUGGGGUGUCCCUGAGGCAAAGUCACCAUUGGAGGUGUCCUCUGUCUGGCAGGAAUGGUUCUGCCUUAAGACUUCCACAUGCAAGGUCGCUGGCUGGUGACACCUUGGGGGAAGCCUGGCCCUGGCAAGGACACACGGGUGGCCAUCUGUCCAUAUGCUCCCUGCGGCAGAAGAUCUGAGCACGCAUGUUCCUAUCCGAUGCAUGCAAUCUGGUAGGCACCCUGGAGGUGGUGCCCCACCCUUUUCUCCCGGUUGUUUACUCAAGAAGUAUUAAUUGAGUCCCUCCACUGUGCCAGGCACCAUGCUAGGUCCUGGGCAUGCAGCUGUGGGUAAGACUCCUUGCCUCCUGGAAUUCGUCUAGAGCGGUGGUUCCCAACCAGGGACAGCGUUGCCUCUAGCGGACACUGAGGAGGGUCUCGAGACGUUUUUGGGUGCAAGGAAUGCUACUGGCAUCCAGGGGUAGAGGGCAGGAAUGCAGCUGAGAUUCCACAGAGCACCGGUGAGUGUCCUACCCCGUCACUAGAGAAGGUGAUCUUGCCCAGCACAUGAAGUGGCCUUGCUGAGAGCUGCUAGAACAGAGGUUACAGGUUACGUCCGCUGCUGCUGGCUCCGUGCUUCUUGUCUCUGGUUUCUGCUCAAAGCCCUGAUAUGUUACCUGAAGGGGUCCUGCUGGAUUCUGAGUGGAUUAAACAGUGGGUUGAGGUUAAGGGCUACACGAUAAAACAAAACAAAACAAAACAAACAAAAUCAAAACCAGAAAACCUUUCUUAAAAGUUGCACGGAAAGUUGUCACAGGAAAAAAAAAAAAUCAAGUGUGUUGCCAACCCGCUCGUUGUGCCCCUCCCCUUAGUCCUUGGCUUCAUCAGAUCUCGAUCAGUAGACGAGAGCCCCUCACUUACUUUGAACGUUGGACACUUACCUUAUGAGCCCACGCGCCCUGGGGCUACUGAGUCACCCGUCCUGAUACGGAGCCUGAAUGGUGACGAGGUGCACGGCUCACACCUGGGCUUGCCGACCAUGCUGGGAAACACAGAUGAUUUCGUACGGAGGGAGCAUCUCGUUUUACAUUCUAUGGAAUCCACUCUUGGAGGCUCAAGAGUCACUCAUUCAGGGGUCAGGAAACUUCGUCCAGAGAAUACAGAGACUGGGCUGGAUCUUUCUUGGAAGGCGAGUAGGUUGAUCAUUUGGUGUCUUUAUUUGCAAAGCUGGUCCAACACGAGAUCACAGGCAGAGCAAUCCAGAUCUUUCAUCUACCAGCGGCCAGCAUGCCCAGACUCGCACCCUACAGCUAUGGGGCUCCGCUCCUAAGCCCCCAGGGACCUAAAGAGGAACCAAGCCCACCCGAAUCUUCAGCAUCAAAUACUGAAGGCUGUAGCAUUUGCUGGUCGGAUUAGGUGAGGUCCAGACUCAAGGGCAGUAACCAAGAGACCCAGAAGGAAGGAAGGAAGAGAUUCGAACAUGAAGGAGUUUUUGACUCUGUGACUUCAUUGCCCAAAGCGGGGAGGCAGACAAUGGUGAGUGGAUUCCAGGGAAGAGAAGAGAUCUAAGGGCUCCAUCCAUCCCCUAGUCACUGGCACGAUCAUUCUCCACCUUGUCUGGAUGUUAGAAUCUGCUGGAACCUUGAAAGAUCUCGAUGCUUAGGCCACGCCCAGUCCAAUCAAGUCAGGGUCUCUGGAGGUGGAGCCCUGGCAUGGGGAUUUUUGAAGACACUUUCCCAGAUGAUUCCCAUGUCCAGACAAGCUCGAGAACCACCAGCCUGGGGUAGUGAUUGAAGCUGGUUCCCCACCCCCACGUCCAUGUUCACGCUCAGAGAGACAGCAGGAAAGGAGAACGUAGAGGGGCCUUGAGUUCACGACCUAGAAUAGCAGCUGCCAUUUCCACUGGGCAUCCGUUGGUCUGUGCUUGUUCACAUGGCCACACCUAGCCAAAAGGAUGCUGGGAAAUGUAGCCUCCGGUUAGGUUAGGCCAAAUCUUUGUUCAAUAUCUACAAAACGCAGCCCCGCUCUCUUCAUGGCUGGGCGGCUCUGCCUUCAUCCAGAUGAAAACCAAACACCAGGGGAGGGGCGAGAAGCACAGCCGAUUCUCUCAUGGGGUUCCCUUACUGCUCAGAGGCAAGCCAGGGAAGUCAGAUCCACGGGUCACCGGUAGAGGCAGGACUACAGGAUACUCGAGUCCUGCCCGGCCCCUUCCCAGCGUGGGACAGCUCCUUGAUUCCUUGACCUGCGAGCUGGGGGCUGCUCACUGGACCGUCUCCAUAGGGUUAUUUGAAGUCACACAAAAUGCAAGGAUACCUAUGAAACCUUUUGCCUGUUCAGAACUUUAUAGGGUGCAAGAAGGAACAACUUUAUCCACCAGCCCUCCCCACCCUCCUCUCCCUGUAAACCUACGCUGUUGAGUGAGUUUGGUUUUCCAGCCCUGGAUGAAAGCUCUGGCACGUCCCAUAACUUUCCUGGUCGCUUUUGGUUAAUAAAUCCUCUAAGCGCCGUCAGUGACAAUGUAGCGCUGUCCGUGUGCCAUUCAGACGUCAGCGUCAUGAGCGAAACUCAGAACUUCAUCCAAAGGAAAGAAAAGAAGAAAUAUUUAAGGAGACUGUGCCAGCCAAAUACUGCAGGGUCCCUGGGUGUGGAGAAGGUGAGCAGGGGAGGUGGAGGGGACAAGGGGUCUCCACUCCUGCCAGCCUCAGAGGCCCAGCCCCGCGGCUCUGGGCAUCGGCUCCUCACACUUCACCAGAAGAGGGAGUCCGCAGCUCACAGAUCCCCAAAGAGAGGAGGCUAGGAUUUCUCCGUAGGAAUUCAGAGCCCAGCUCUGGAGGCUUGGAGGGGACUUAGAGAGAGGAGCAGAUUGGUAGGGGGGGCUGGGGGGCAGUGAGAGGGGCCGGGCCUCCCCUCUGAGUUCUGUUUUCCUGUCCCCAUGCCAAAGCCCCUGGAACUGGUGGAGGCGGGGACUUUGCCAGAGAAGCUUCUUGCUCAUUGUUCUUGGCUGUGCCCCCACCUCUAUCCCGUACCAGACAAGGUUCUCCUGGCUGCUGUGCUCUGGUGGGGACGAGGGGCUGUUGCUCUCUUCCUACUGGACUUGGGUGAGGGUUGUGAUUCUGCAGAAAAGUCCCACAGAAAGAGCCUCUCUCGUCCGCACACAGAUCGGUGAUAGAAUUCUACUUUUCGAGGGCUUCCUCUGCGCAAAUCUCUAGGACUGGGAGCUGACAGGGCCUCAUUCAGGGUCCACUUCCAGGCCCCAGUGAUCUGUCAGGCCCUCUGUUAAGCAGGGGAGGCUGGAGGCCUGGGACAGCCAGAGGGGCUGGAGCAUGGAGGUAUUUAGGGCAAAUACACGGUAUCCGAAAACAAGCUUUUCAAUCUCUCUGCUGACGGGAGUGAACUGUGUGUGGCCCUAUGACAGGGGACCGAGGGAGGAACAGGUUCAUUUGCUUCUCACCCAGUCGAACAAGGGUAGUCUAAGGUCCCUGUGAGUAGGAGGGGCGUAGUAGGGAUUAGCCGUUGGGGUAUCAGCAUCCAUUCAUGUCCAAGGAGGGGUGGAGUCCUGCCACGUGCACAGAGGUGUGUGUGUUCACACGGGGGGAUCACGUGUGUAUACCGUGGGCCGUGGUGCGUGGACGAUCUGUGUGGGGCACACAGGGCAUGCCGUGAGUUGGGGGCUGGCGCCGGCUGCAGACACCACACUGCGCACACCCAGCACCACAGUCACUUGGCAGUGAACUUGGAGACCAAGGCACACAUGGAGAGCACCUAGGAAUGUUCUUGAGAAGCUGGAUGUUUAUGGAGAACGCCUCUGUCUCUUUGACCCAAACAUUCAGGGAGAGGUGGACACAGUGUGUUAGACGAGAGGGCUGGGGUGCAGUGAGGUUCAAUGGACAGGGUCAAGGCCAAGCUCCAGACUGGUCCCAGCACGUGUACAGUGGAUCUCUUCUUGGAGCCUUCAGAAAGAAAUCCCUCUCCUUUGUUCAUCUGCCAGCCAGCUUUGGUAACCCCUGUUCCUCCUUCUCCGCCCAGAGGAAGCCACCAAGCUCUCCUGUCCCGAAGCUCUCUAAGGGAGUUCGGGAUCUGGAUGGCCCCGGCUCAAGGUGACAUUUAAAGACUCGUCCCGUGAGUUCCUGCUUGAAUUCAAUCCUCACUACAGCACCACUGGGGGACAGUACCACUGCCCUCAUUUGAAGAUGAGAUUUCCCACUUACAGCUGGUAGGAUCACUACCAUGGAUGCCUAGUGCACUGGAUUUUCUGCGUGUGUGCAUUAUAUUUAAAUUUUGGAAUUAAAAAUAUGCCUAGAAUUAACUCAUGUCUACAUUUUGCCCUAAUUACUUGUGAUGUUUUUAAAAAAUCACGGCAUCUGUCAGCACUUUUUUUCAGUAAAUAUCUCAGUCAUCAAAUAUUUUAGACCUUGCAAGUUAUAGUUGAUUUCUGCCACAUAUUCUUCUUUUAGAAAAA